AGUCAGUGACGAGUAUGCUCAGAGUCGCAAAGCUCCGCUAUUUCUCCUGUCGAAGAAGUACUAUGUUUUAACUUUUAUGCAUCAAAUCUGCGCAUAUCGCGGAAUGGGAGAUGACAAUGUUAUAUCUCGGCUCGCCAGUAUGAAGGCUCUCUUGGGAAUUGUAGCAGGCGCUGGUGCCUCAUACGGCAUUUAUAAACUAGUGUUUGGUCGUGUUGCAGAUGGAGGAAACAGACGAAAGUCUAAAAGUGUAACUGUACAGCCUGGGAGUUUGAUGGCCAAAGUGUCUGGAUUUAAAGUUGUCAGCAAGACUGAUAAUCUGGAUGCACCUGCAGAUACUGAAUCGAGUGACAUUCACUCAAAAUCUACAGCCAGCUUGGAGCCUCGACAUCUCACUAUGCUUCUCUCCCUGCUGCAGAGCAGCCCCGACUCUGAGGAGAGGAGGAAAGUUCUUGUAACGUUAGGAAAUGCUGCUGCCUUCACAGUAAACCAGAAUCUUCUGCAAGAAUGUGGCGGCCUUCACAUUAUAGCCAACUUCCUUUCCGAUCCUUUACCUGAGAUAAGGGUGCAGACUCUAAAUGCACUGAACAAUUUAAGCAUGAACAUCUGUAAUCAAGAGCAGCUGAAGGUAUAUAUCCCUUCAGUGAUGCAGCUUAUUGAGAUGUCGCCGGUGAACUCUGACCUUCAGCUGGCAGCACUGAGAUUGCUUACUAACCUGUCUGUCACUGAAAAUCAUCAGCAUCUGAUGAAGAGCUCCAUCACCCUCCUUGUGUCACUACUCGUAGUGAGCAAUGAAGACCAACAGAUCCACGUCCUGAAGUUACUAGUAAAUCUUUCCUCUAAUCCAGAUUUGAUGGAUGAUAUUGUACAAGCACAGGCUCCAGCCUCUUUGAUUUUGUUAUUUGACUGCUGCACAAGCACCACCGUUCUUCUCCGCCUGUUAUAUUUUGUGGGCAACCUGCGGGCAUGGAGGCCCUCUGCACAGGUGGCUGAAGCACUGAGGAGACGACAGGACUCUCUAUACUGUGUUCUACUGGAUGGCUCCUCUCAGCUCCACUGCAAGCUGCCCCUGUUGCUCUACCACCCAGAUGAGGAGGUGAAGACGCAAGUGGCCAGACUCCUCACAUAACAUUUAGGCUUCUCUUUGCCUUUACCUGCCAGGCACUGGAUGUACCUUAUGGAUUAUUCAUCCUCUAUACUUGUUCUAUGUAUAGAAGUUGACACAAGCUUGUUUUCUCACUAACAUGUUAGAACUCAAAGAGUUAACAUCCUAGCUUUAAUUUCUUAAUGGAGCAUGGUUUGAUUUGUACUGAAAACAGGCUGCUCAUGUAGAUUUUGCACCUGUACACUCUACACUUCAUGUUGAAACAUUGAUAGGAAAUGUGAAUAUGUUGUGGGCUGUAUUUCAGCUUACUCCCUCAGGUGUUUUGAGCAACGUUUGUCAAAACACCUGAGGGUUUUUUGUGAACCCCACACCACAGACUCUCCCUGUCAGAGACAUUUUGAGAACAUCUCUACUGCCAAAUGUUUACUUGCCAACUGAAUUAAUAUUACAAGCUUGCAGAUAUUUUCUCUUGCCACACUAAGUGCUUUGGAUAUCCAAACUAGUAGUGGAAAGGACUUGCAUGCAUUCAGAAAUGUUUUGGAUAUGCCUUGAAAAAUAUGUAUUUCUUCAGUGCUGCAUAAUAUAAGAGAAGUUUACAACUGAAUGAGAAAACUUCAGGUGAUGCUGAUAUUAAUGACCCAGGUAGCCUUUUUGGUCACACUUUAUAUUAGGUGGCCUUAACUACUAUUUACUAAUAUUAAAUACAUACAAGACUUAAGUAUUCUGCAAAAUGCCCACAUUUGCAGCUACUCAGGUUGAGGUACAGGUAGGUUUAGGAGUAAGGGUAGGGUUAGGAUAAGGAUUAGGAGUGCAAGUUAGAUUUUGGGGUGGGGGUUGGGUUAGGAUAGGAUUAGGGGUAAAGUUAACAGUAUAACUACAAAUGUAAUUAAAUGCAAGUUUUUUAAACGUAAUUACAAUUCAACAACAUUGUACAUUGUAUCAAAUGGUUAAUUACAUUGAAGUUAAGGCCACCUAAAAUUUAGUGCAUCUGUCUAUUUUUGUAGAAUCUAUGCAUGCUAAUGGAAUUGAUUGUACAGUGACUUUGUUUUGUGAUUCUGAAAUUGACAUGGUCACUGACAUUAAUUUUUAAUACAUAUCGUUUCACAUUGUAAGCAAUUUCAAAUGCGAUUUUUUGUUCACAAUGGAACUACCGCUGUUAUACCAUUUGAAGUUCACUGUUGAGAACUGGCUGGGCGCAUAUGAGCGUCUGGAUUUUUGAAUGUAUAACUUAUUUUGAAAUGUUUUCUGGCAUCUAUUUCAGAUUUGUGGAAGUU